ACAGUGGGGCCAGACCUGAUCCAACAGGAAAUGCACACACUUUUGCCCCAGGUUGGGCAAUUCUGGAGAGCCUGGGAAAGCUCCGGCUAGCCUUACAAACACUGUCAGGCCGGCAGAAGCUGGGGAGAGCGCAAGCUGGGGAGGAAGUGACCCGGUUAGCUCUGGAGUUAGCAGGCCUUGCUCUGUUUAUGUUGUGCUGUAUGGCUGUAAUAAAUGCAGCCAGCCAGAGGGCCCCUGGCCUCAGGACCUAGGACUGCACUGGUCUGUGCAAGCCUCCCUAAGAUGAAGCUGCCAAGCCAGGAGGAGUUUGAAGCCUCUAGUGCUUCUGAAAAUGUACUCGCAGGAGAGCUGGACAGUGGCCCUUGUUCUGGCUCCAGCCCUGAUGGCCGCUCAGACACAGACAGGGAACUGGGGGAACCCCAGGACCCUCUACUCUUCAUCCAGCUGAAUGAGCUGCUGGGCCAGCCCCAGGCACAGCAGUGGAGAGAGACAGGCAGGUGGGUGCUGUUUGAGGAGAAGCUGGAGUUGGGUGCAGGCCGGUGGAGCGCCCCCCACGUGCCCACCCUGGCAUUGCCCAGCCUCCAGAAGCUCCGCAGCCUGCUAGCUGAAGGCCUCGUGCUGCUGGACUGUCCAGCUCAGAGCUUCCAGGAGCUCGUGGAGCAGGUGACCACGCUGCAGUCGCUGAGCCCAGAGCUGAGAGGGCAGCUGCAGGCCUUGCUGCUGCAGAGACCCCAGCGCCUCAGCCAGCCCAAUGGCUCCAGGCCCUGCUGGGGCUCUGCCCCUCCAAGAGAGGCUCCUCAUGACAAGGAAGCCCCCCUGAAGGAACAGCGUCAGAACCCCCUGAGAAAGAAGCUGCCUCCAGGCGCUGAGGCAGGGGCUGUGCUGACGGGAGAGGUGGGCUUCCUGGCGCAGCCACUGGGGGUGUUUGUACGACUGCAGGAUCCAGUGGUGCUGGGGCCCCUCACUGAGGUGCCCCUCUCCAACAGGUUUUUCUGCCUCCUCCUUGGUCCCCCCACACUGGGAUGGAGCUACCAUGAGAUGGGCCGGGCAGUGGCUGUCCUCCUCAGUGACCCGCAAUUCCAGUGGUCAGUUCGUCGGGCCAGCAACCUUCAUGACCUUCUGGCAGCACUGGAUGCCUUCCUAGAGGAGGUGACAGUGCUCCCUCCAGGUCGUUGGGACCCAACAGCCCGGAUUCCCCCUCCUAAACGUCUGCCAUCUCAUCACAAAAGGCUCCCCUCGCAACUGCGGGAGGCCAGGGGAGCCUCCCUCCAGCCUGGAGCCCCGGCUAAGGACAGGCAUGGCCACUGGCCUCACACACCAAGCCCGGAGUUGCAGCGGACGGGCAGGCUGUUUGGGGGCCUUGUCCAGGAUGUGCGCCGGAAGGCCUCAUGGUACACCAGCGACUUCUUGGACGCCCUGCACCCCCAGUGCUUGUCAGCCGUGCUCUACAUUUACCUGGCCACCAUCACUAACGCCAUCACUUUCGGGGGUCUGCUGGGAGAAGCCACCGACGGUGCUCAGGGUGUGCUAGAAAGUUUCUUGGGCACGUCAGCGGCUGGAGCUGCCUUCUGCCUGAUGGCUGGCCAACCCCUCACCAUCCUCAGCAGCACCGGGCCCGUGUUGGUUUUUGAGCGCCUGCUCUUCUCCUUCAGCAGAGAUUACAGCCUGGACUACCUGCCCUUCCGCCUGUGGGUGGGCAUCUGGGUGGCCACCUUUUGCCUGGCUCUGGUGGCCACGGAGGCCAGCGUGCUGGUGCGCUACUUCACCCGCUUCACGGAGGAAGGCUUCUGUGCUCUCAUCAGCCUCAUCUUCAUCCACGAUGCUGUGGGCAAAAUGCUGAGUUUGACCCGUGCCUAUCCCAUCCAGAGGCCUGGCUCUCUUGCCUAUGGCUGCUUCUGCCAGUACCCAGACCCAGGAGGAAAUGAGUCUCGGUGGACAAGGACAAAGCCAAAAGACAGAGAUGACAGCUUAAGCUUGGACCUAGGCCUGGUCAAUGCAUCCUUGCUGCCCCCACCUGAGUGUGCCCGGCGGGGAGGCCACCCUCGUGGCCCUGGCUGUCCUACGGUCCCAGACAUCGCCUUCUCCUCCCUCCUCUUCCUUUCCUCCUUCCUCUUUGCUCUGGCUCUCAAGCAUGUCAAGACCAGCCACUUCUUCCCCUCUGUGGUGCGCAAGGUGCUCAGCGACUUCUCCUCAGUCCUGGCUAUUCUGCUGGGCUGUGGCCUCGAUGCCGUCCUGGGCCUAGCCACUCCGAAGCUCACGGUGCCCAGAGAGUUCAAGCCAACACUCCCUGGGCGUGGCUGGCUGGUGUCACCUUUUGGAGCCAACCCCUGGUGGCUGAGUGUGGCAGCCGCUUUGCCUGCCCUGCUGCUGUCUAUCCUCAUCUUCAUGGACCAGCAGAUCACGGCAGUCAUCCUCAACCGUGAUGAACACAGACUUCGGAAGGGUGCCGGCUUCCACCUGGACCUCUUCUGUGUGGCCGUGCUGCUGCUGCUCGCGUCAGCGCUUGGGCUGCCCUGGUGUGUCUCGGCCACCGUCAUCUCCCUGGCCCACAUGGACAGUCUUCGGAGAGAGGGCAGAACCUGUGCCCCGGGAGAGCCUCUCAGCUUCCUGGGCAUCAGGGAGCAGAGGUUGACGGGCCUCGUGGUGUUCAUCCUCACAGGAAUCUCCAUCUUCCUGGCACCUGUACUCAAGUUCAUCCCCAUGCCUGUGCUCUACGGCAUCUUCCUGUACAUGGGCGUGGCAGCGAUUAGCAGCAUCCAGUUCACAAAGAGGGUGCAGCUAUUACUGAUGCCAGCGAAACACCAGCCAGACCUCCUGCUCUUACGGCAUGUGCCUCUGAGCAGGAUCCACCUCUUCACAGCCGUCCAGCUUGCCUGCCUGGGGCUGCUUUGGAUAAUCAAGUCUACCUCUGCAGCCAUCAUCUUCCCCCUCAUGUUGCUGGGCCUGGUGGGGGUCCGAAAGGCCCUGGAGUGGGUCUUUUCACCACAGGAACUCCUAUGGCUGGAUGAGCCGAUGCCAGGGGAGAGAAGCAUCCCUGAGAAGGGGCUGGAGCCAGAGUAUUCACUUCGUGGAAGUGACAGUGAGGAUUCGGAGCUGAUGUAUCGGCCGAAGUCUCCAGAAAUCAACAUCUCUGUGAAUUAGCUGGAGGAGGAGGAGUCUGGGAGUAGACCAGAAAGCCGAGCCAGAGGAAACAUCAGACAGCGAUGGAUGGAGUCAUAGGUCACCUCAGAGAUUUUCCUGGGAGAUAUUGACUCUAAUGCCCAGUUUUCUGGUUCCUCCUUUAUUAAAAAAGUGUGUGAAGAAUAGAGGACUCCCUCAAGAGUCCUUCUGAUUCAAAAGUACUGAUUCACCAUGUGCCAGACCACCACGAUCUGGAGGACAAACUGAUUCUUGCUGUGGGGGCUUAUUAUCUAUUAUCUCAUUAAGAAAGUAAUCAGAUAGGGAACCCUUGUCUAUGGCUUCUCUGUACAUAUGUAUGUAAUUAAACUUUGGUUUCUUCUCCUAUUGAAAAGAAAAAAAGAAAGAAAGAAAAAGAAAGAACUCAGACCAUGAGAUUCUAAACUUUUGCCAGUCCUGGGACCUUCUAAAGUCUGUGGCAGAAUGUCAAUGGACCCUCUGAGGAGAGGUUCUAGAGAAGGUGGGUGUGGCUGCCCAAGGUGCAGGGAACGAGAGGACCAAGGAAUCAGCAUGUUUGGAGGGGUCAGCCUCAGAUUUCCCAAGUGUGGGAUAGGAGCGGUGGAGGCUUCAUUUUGAUGUAUAUGGGAAAAUCCUGGAUCUCCCCAAAGGAUCUAUUGACUGCAGGCUCUUUUUUGUCUAACUGUAGAGCAGGGUAUCUGGGCUCAGCGCCUACACAGUUGCUGGUACUGACUCCUCAGUGUUGCUCUUGGCCUUCCCUUUUAGUCAGCACUGAGGGGCGGAGGGAAGUUCACAGAAUUGCCUUUAGUACUCGUAUUUUCAGUAUCUUUCUGUGGAGGCAAUAUCCAAACAUAUUCACCAAGGAUUCACUCACCUGGGGGAAAAGUGGCUUGAUCGUCAUUGCUAAUCACUUGACCUUUCUGGAAAAAAAUGUUUUCUUUCAUGAAAAGCAAGGCUGCAACUUGACAUCUUUUAAAAAUUUGUUCCCAAUUACCUUACAGAUAUUUAUCUGUGUUUCUGUUCAGUAUGUUUCUCUUGAGGGCUCUGACUAACUUGCAACAUGAUGUUCCACACAGGAUAAGUUCUUCCCAUUGCUGUCUGAAACCAAACAGGCAGGGUAACCCACCAUCAUUUUCUUCACCUGAAAAAGAACUGCUCCUACUUAAUUUUCCUAAUACUAUCAAUACAUACUCAAUUUGAUCAGUCCCCUGAUUUUACAUCUAUAGUGAUUUUUUCCUUAAAACCUUUAUUAAAAAUUUUCCUGGUCACUGGAGCAAUAUAUUUUUUUAUAGAAAAUUAAAAAACAUAAACAUAUAUAAAAUAAAUAAAAAUCACCCAUUAGUCUGCCAUCCAUAGAUAAUCUAUCUCUGGUGUAUGUCAUUCGGAUGUAAGGGAAUGUUCUAUUCAUUUUAGAGUAUUGAGAAUAUUAUAUACCUUCUUAUAAUUUUAUUUUCUGUUUAAUAUAAUAUGAACUUCAUUUUUAAUGACUGGAAUCAAACUGAAAACCACAACUGAGUUAAGCAUUUUCCUGUUAGAUAUUUAGAUUGUAUUGAUUUUUUGCAAUAUAAUAUUUUUGUGCUCAUGUCUGAUUAACUUUUAAAGAUAAGUUCUUAGAAGUACAAAGGCAUAUGCAUUUUAAAAAAUAAACUUUUAUAACAGAGUAGAACUUAAAAGUUUUCAUGACAAGAAAAAAGCCCUGUAACUAUAUGCGGUGGGUGAUGUAUGUUACUAAAGUUACUGUGGUAAUCAUUUUGCAAUAAUUGUGUUUAUCAAAUCAUUAUGCUUUACACCUUAAACUAAUACAAUGUUAUAUCAAUUUAUGUCCACAGAA